ACCAAACAUGGUCAAAGGAAGCAAGCAAGGCAGCGAGACGUUUUGGUUAAGCGAUCAAUGCUGAGUUUGUUUGUUUUUCUGCUGACUGCAUAUACAUUUUGCAGACAUCGUUAAGACAAAGAAGAACCUUUAGCACACGUUAACACGUCUUUGGUCCGGGAUAAACUCGCCUCAGCGUCACUUUGAAGCGUCCCAUGCUAGCUUAGCUUGCUAGCUGCUAACAAAACAAAGCGGAAGUGAUAAACACGUCGCUAAGUGUGAGUUUAAAGUGUGAAAAUGUGCAAAGUAGGAAUGCUGAGAGUGUUGGUGAAGCAGCGACUAACUGCUGCUGUGGAAGAAAUAUUUGUAGUGUUAGAAAGAACGAUAGCAGAAUACGUUGAGGAACUUUCUAGAACAAAAGAGGAGAACGAGCGACAACGUCAACUACUGGACGCUCUUUUCAACAAACAUCAACAAACAGGCGUCAGUGAGGAACAUGGUCCUCCUCCGCAGCAGGAGGAGCCACAGCCCCCCCACAUUAAAGAGGAAGAGGAGGAGCACGGCAUCAGUCGGGACGGAGAGCCCCUGGAAGGACUGGAGGACUUCUCAGUGGUUGGUGUCCCUGUGAAGGGUGAGGAGGACCAUGAUGAAGAUGAGGUCGAAGGUGAAAGUGAGGAGAAGAGAGAGGCGGAGCCUCCGAGCAGCAGCUCAUUUCAACACAUGACAACAGAAGCUGAUGGAGACCACUCGGCUGCCCUCUCAGAUAGCGGACAUUCUGCCGACACUGACGACGACGAGUCCAAAGCCGAGCGGACGAGUCGCGCCGACAACGCCCGCUGGAAAUGUUCUCAGUGUGACAAAAGUUUUGGCAAGAAGAGCAAUCUGAAAAGACACAUGAGCUGCCACACCAAAGAAAAGCCAUUCAUGUGCUCAAUUUGCGGGAAAAGGUUCUCUCUGAAAUCCAACUUGAAAGCGCAUAUGAGGAGACACUCUGGCGAGAAACCAUUUUCCUGUUCCGUCUGCAACAAAUGUUUCAGUGAGAGCUCAAUACUGUCCCGUCACAAGAAAACGCACGCUGGAGAGAAACCUUACGCCUGCUCGUUGUGCGGCGUGCGGUUCACUCAAAAGUCAUCUUUGACCCAACACACUAAAAUUCACACCGGCGAGAAACCAUUCACAUGUCCGGUGUGCGGUAUCGGUUUCGCGCGGAAUUCAGACGUGAAGCGACACAUGCGAACGCACACUGGCGAGAAACCGUAUUCUUGUUCAGUCUGCAACAAAUGCUUUUGCGAGAGCUCAGAGUUGGAGCGACACACGAGAACGCACACCGGGGAGAAACCUUACACCUGCUCGUUCUGCGGGCUCGGUUUUGCGCAAAAGUCCCACAUGACAGAGCACACGAGGAUACACACCGGAGAGAAACCCUACACCUGUUCGUUGUGCGGGAAAGGGUUUGUGCAAAAUCACGGCUUGAAAAUACACCUGAGAACGCACACUAAAGAAAAACCAUUCUGCUGCCCAAGCUGCAACAAAGGCUUCUGUGACAAAGCGACUCUUGUACGACACAUGAGAACUCACGCCGCUGAGUGAUGACAGAUUUCUCUUCCAAGUACCAGCAGGACUUUAUUGAUCAGAAUCUAAGAGCAUGUGUUGACACACAAAGUACAAAGUCACGUCACUAGAUCAUGUUUCCUGGAAUCUAAUCAGAUUAUGAAUUAGUAAAUAUUUUCCAAGCUUUGUGGACAAUGACUUUGUUUUAUUUAUUCUAAGUUGUUUGUGUUAUUGUACAUCUUUGCUAUUAUUGUGCUAAUAAAGUGAAACAAUAUUC